AUGGGGUCACCUAACUGCAAGGAGGAUCAGACAAGCCCCUUUCAGCGUCCCACUCCCAGCAUCCCGGAGACCAAGCUGGAACCGCGCAGAAGUCACGGCCCACAGCCUUCGGGCCCCUCCUCCUCCGGGGCUGAGGUGUGUCUCUACUCACCAAAUGUUCCCAACCACUUCUAUUCUUCUCUACCGUUUUCAGAUCCUCACCCUUUCCCCUCACCUACCCCUCCUGUCCCAUUUCAUCCUUGGCAAGUGAUCCUGUGGUCUACUUCGCGAAGAAAGUUGAAGCCAUGCGGCAGCUUCCUGCAGCCUGGGCUCUUGGCGCAUCUUCUCGCUGCUGGAGCUAUCGAAGUGCUCCACACUGAGAAAUCUAGCAGACCCUUGUCAGCUUCCAUUGCACUCGAGCUUCGCGCUGGAAACACCAGAACCCCGGCAGCGAUCAGCUUUCCCGCGGAUGGGCGCAGUCCCGACGCCCUCAGCAGAGGAAGGAGCGCUUGGAUUGGGUCCACGGUCUCCGGGAGUUCGGUCCAUGGACAGGAGCGUGGUGGCAGAAGGGGUGACGGAGCACAGCUGCGCACUUCAUGGGGCCAAGAGGCACAGCACCCAGGACAAGCCCCAGAGAAGGAAGGGUGGAGGGCCGACGCAGUCCCCGAGGUCACGCUCUGGGGCCACGCGGACCCCUGGAAGCGCUAGUCUACAUGUCUCCCAAGCCAGGCAAGCUGGCAGCCAGGCUCCGGCGUCACAGCAGCUCCUCGUGCCGUCUGCAAACGCUUUCUCUUAGCUUCAGCGAGCCGGGAUUCUCGGACCACCUCCCCGCACUCUGCCUCCGGGAUCUGCCACCGCCGGCCUAUUUCUUGCGCAAGCCUCCCAUGUUGGGAGAUGCACUCCCUCGUUCGUUGGCCCUCUUCUUAUGUGAGUCCUUAGCAUUAAUUUGUUUUUCAUAAUAAUAAAUUCCUAGCUA